AUACCGAUGGAGCAAUUGAACUCCAGCGACGCCCAAGGCGGUCUAUAUUCUCUCAUCGUGGUCCUCGUAUUGUCGAAGUUCCUACAGUACAAAGACACAAAGCCGGCACAGAAAACACAACAGCAAGCCCAGUCGCAGGGCCAGGGAUCGUCCACGAUACCGCCUGUUCCAGGUACUGAUACUGCUACGCUAGGUGAAAUAUCUGUGCGUUCACAACUUGUACGAUUGUUGGCUCUUCUCGUGCUUUUUCUCUGCUGCAUAUCCCCUCAACAUGUCGGUGGCAAUACGCACCCAACACAGCAGCAAUCGCAAGGCCAAGCACAGACCCGUGUCACAUCCUCGCAAACACAGUACCAGCAAGGUCAACCCCAGGAUCAGACGGCAUCAUCUCAGACUCAACUUGCUGCCCCCUCAUGUCCGUGUCACCUACUGCUCUUGAUGUUCAUACUACCGUGUCAGGUGCAGCCAGCAGACAGCCACGCCCCCUUCCAUUGCAGACCCGUCUCGUUCUUUUUAUCUGCUGUACAUCUCUCCCGCAUGCAGUAACACUGCAGCUUCUGGACAUCUAUCUUAUCUUUGCAUCUGGUUCUUUUGUAAUUCUUGUUAUCGCUUUGUUCAUCGACGAAAGUAGCUCGUAACCAAGUAGAGCAUGUUGUCGACACCAGGUACUAGA